AUGAGCUAUUUCUGGAGUGUAUGUAGAGGCUUGUUCAGUUUGCAGAUUCAGGAUGUGACCUUCCGUGUUGGCGAUUCAGAUUUCAGUGAAGACGAUGUUUAUGACGUCACAGCUAUAGAGAUUCCGAGGUUCAUGAGAGAGGAUUUUCCCGGAUUGAUCAACACUGUUAGGGAGAAAUUGAUCGUAGUGAUAGACGAGCGCCUUAGGGUUAUAUGGGCUGAGUUAGAGGGUGUUUAG